AUGGUGACCUCUCGUGAAAUCGGCACGCUCGUCGUUGUCAUUCUAAAAGCGAGGAAUCUACCUAAUAAACGACACAUAGGCAAACAAGAUCCCUUCUGUACCAUUGUCCUGAACGGGGAGAAGAAGAGGACCAAAGCAAUACGACGCGGCGGUCAACAUCCAGAGUGGGACGAGGAAGUUCGCUUCACUCUUUUCGAAGACCCCAAUCCCGAGCCUACUGCCAAUCAUGGUGAUGGGACGCCUCCUCCACCUCCUCCGAAGAGUAGUGGAAAGGGUCCACCUAGGAUUCAAGGCGGACGAUCAAUGGCGAUUGCUUGCUAUGCUGAGGAUCCUCGUGAACCCGACCUAAUUGGGGAAGCUAUUGUUGACCUAAAUGAAGUUUUGACGAAGGGCGAAACUGAUGAAUGGUUCACCCUGAUGAACAAAGAGAAAUACUGUGGCGAAGUAUACUUGGAACUGACUUUCUGGUCAAAUGAACCCGAGCCAUUGAAGAAAGCUACGCCCAAGCCAAAGACUCAGAAACAAUAUGGAGGGCCGGGCUCGUUUGUGCCUACUGGAGAGUCGCCCUCGCACAAUGGAAUUGACGUUCAACAGGCCAUCUCCCGUCUCCCGUCUACAGGUAAUAUGAGAGAUGAGCUCCGUCGCGAGGACAUUCCUCCAUCUUUGAGAUCGUCAAGCUCUCUCGCCCAGCUUGACCUAUACGUGCCGCCUUAUGAAACGUCUCGGUCGCGUCGUUCAGAUGUAAGUAGCAUGGUGAACGAUUUUGCGGAGUUGGGUGUAGUAGAUCAUGCUACUAGGAGACAGAGUUUUCCUCCUCAACACGCUGGAUAUCUUCCGCGUCCUGCAUCGACAGUUGGUCCUCCGGACUCUCGCGCGACUUCCACUCAGCCCACACAAACGUAUUUUGAGGGAGGGGCGCCGUAUUCAUAUGAUGGAUCCGACUCAACAGGUGUUGUAUCGUAUCAACAGCAUUCGACCCCCAGCGUCCAUGAACAGUAUCAGCCUCACUAUGAGCAUGCUCAAACACCUCCUUCCGGAUAUCAACCUAAUGGGCGUCAUGCAGGCCCGAGGCAUAGUAUCCCGGCGACAUCUUCUGGAUUUGUGCCUAUGCCAACACCUGCGCCCUCUGGCUUCGUUCCGCUUUCGUCGCAUCCCUCUCAACAGACUGGAUUUAGUUCGAAUAAUAUCUUAGCGCCAGGACAGAUCGGGUAUGGACCUCCCCCGGCUCAUGUGCCAACUCCGUCGUCGAGCUUUCAAACCAUAUCUCGUGCAUCUACCGAACAACCAGGCUUCGCCAUUCCUCCUCAGCAGGCUGUGCUGUACCAUCAAUCGUUACCUCAAUCGCAGCAACCAGCAUCCAGUUAUGUCUAUCAGGCAUAUAGUGCUGCGCAGCCGCCAUCCUUGCCCCAACAACCUCCUCCGGCCUCAUCGUUCCCAACGUCCUCCUACCCUCCGCCUGGACAACAACAGCCCUAUGCACCUUCGCUAUCACAAUCGGUGUCCCAUCAGUCGCACUCAGCCCCUCCGGAACAAUACUCUUCGCAUGGAUCGACACCAUCACCAUCACAUGAGCAUGUACCACCUCCACCACCAUUAAAUGAAAACUCUUCCUCUGGACAACCCUCAGGCUCCAGACCGCUACCGCAGCCGACGCAAUCAUAUGGACAGCAGAGUCGGCGACAGUCGUCUCUACCAGUACCUCCUUCAGGUGGCCCCCUUGGUAUGUAUAACCCGCCAUCACGGGGUCCAUCGGGGACAUUCAGCCCACCGAUGGGAGGUCAGCCAGGGCCGUAUAGUAAUUCUCCAGCGGGCCCACCUGUCGUCUACAACGGUCCUCAGCCACUCUUACGAGCACCUUCCGGAUCGUUCAGUUCACCCAUGAAUCAACCAAGUGUAUAUCCGCAGAGCACGGGUGGGCCUUACAACCUUCCUGGACCUCCGUCGCCAUACAGUCCCAAAGGAGCUGGCUCAGACGUGUACAAUGCAAUCCCUCCACCUCCACCAUUGCCGCACCAGAGCACACCGCCUACUAAUCCUCCACCUAAUCAGCCUUUUAUCCCAAAUUCAUCAUCGCCUAUUCCCCCACCGCCAACACAGUAUCGCCAAGCACCGCCGCUGAAUACUUCGCCUUCUCUGCCUCCCCCACAACAAAAUUUGUCGAGGCGACCAAGUCUGCCACCGCCUCCCACCGUAACUUACCAAUCCCAACCGACAUACCAAACUCUCCCGCCGCCGCCGCCACCCCCCACCAUGCCACCACAUACGCAUUACGAACCCGCUUCAACUUUCCAGCCUAGCCAAAGCCAGAUGUUUCAUAGUCCUGGACCUUUGCCUAGGCCUCCUACGCAACCUAGUAUCCAGCCUCAGUACACGACAUCUGCUGUCGGUCAGCCUACCUACGGAGGUUUCUCGUCCGUACGCUAG